UAGGGAACGCUCUUAUAUGAGGGGGAGAAAAGCUCUUUGUGCUGGGAUUCUUUCUCGCUUCGCCAGCUGUCCUGCUUAAGUCACACUGGGUCUCAUUCCUGGAUGAAGCGAGCAAAGCUGUCCACGUUCCCAGAUGUCUGGGGCCAUUCUUUAGAAUUGCGCGGGACGAUUGCAGGUUUACGGGGGGGUGACUGUGCUGUCGCGGUAACCACAAGGUGUCUCACAUACACACACAGAGGAACGGACACCAGUACGGGGCUAGGGUUUCCCCUGUUUCGUGUCCUCUCCGGAAAAUUCCACGGCACUCUCCAGCACAGGGAGCCUCCGAAUCGGGUCUUUUAUGUGUCGCCCUGGUGGGUUCUGGGGCAGAGCAGAGCUUCUGAAGUUUCAAAUUCCACAUCUAGGUGCGGGAGGUGUGGGGAGACCCGGAGGAGGUCAAGGUCAGAGGGCACGGAUCAGUCGUGGGACUGCAGGCUCCGCAGGAUCAGAUGCCAACGGACCUCACGCUUCUGGCGGCGGUCAGCGCCCCUGCUCUCUCACCUCUACCUGUGUCAGGUUGUCAUCAAUCCAGCCAUGACACCACAACUGGGAGUCACUGUCCUGUCACCCCCCCUCCUUCUGCUGCUGAUCCCCCUCACGUUGUCAUUUCAAGGACCUGCCCUUGUACACCAAGCUCAUCUGCCCUCCCUGGUAGCACAUGCACCCCAGUCCCUGUCACGCUCCCGCUUCAGUGCUCGACCCCAGCUGGACUUUACUACCCACUGUAAUGCCAGCUGCUACUACAGGGAAUCCCGGCUACAGGACCUGACUGAGCAGCUUGCGUUCGAGACGAUGUACUCUGACGGCUCGCGCACUCUGACUACUGUGGACCUAGAGGAUAAUGAAAGGGAUGAAGCUUAUCACGCUGCUGCAGUUCGUCCUCCUACCAGAAGGAGGCGCCCAAUGUCCACCACACAGCACCGGAGGCACAAGAGACAAAUCUAUGGGGCCGAUGGCCGCUUCAACAUUCGAGGGGAGAACUUCCUGCUGGACUACCCUUUCUCCACAGUGGUGCGCAUCUCAACGGGCUGUACGGGUGUGCUGGUGUCUCCACGCCAUGUGCUGACUGCGGCUCAUUGCGUGCACGAUGGCAAGGAUUACGUGAAAGGUGCUCGCAAGUUGAGGGUGGGCUUUCUGACCCCAUUUUCAUCCAAUAACACAAGCACUGAGAAGGUGCCACCCAGAAAGCCGCAUGUGCGCUGGGUACGUGUCCGGCGGACGCGGGUCCCCAAGGGCUGGAUCCUCGGUCCACAGGAAGUCAGUAUGGACUUUGAUUAUGCCCUGCUGGAGCUGCGCUGGCCUCACCGCCGUCCCUUCAUGCGCCUCUCGGUGGCUCCGUCCUCCAAGGACCUCGCUGGGCGACGCAUCCACUUUUCUGGGUUUGACAGCGAUAGGCCAGGGGAGCUCGUGUACCGCUUUUGCCCCGUAGAGGACGAGUCCAACGACCUUAUCUACCAACACUGUGACGCACGGCCCGGGGCCAGCGGCUCAGGGGUGUACGGUCGUGUGUGGGACGCUGCUCAGGAGCACUGGGAGCGAAAGGUCAUCGGCGUCUUUUCUGGGCAUCAAUGGUUGGAGAUUGAUGGAGAGAACCGCGAUUUCAACGUAGCCGUGCGGUUCACGCCGCUAAAGUUCGCACAGAUCUGCUACUGGGUGCAUGGAAAUCGUGCGGACUGCAGGAAGGACUGAGGGCGGCCCACCUGGGGCAGUGGAGCAGAGAGGUCACAGCUUUCAGAAAUGGGUGGAGGGAAGUGGGUCUUCGCUGUAGAGCUUCCAGUCCUUCUGCUACAAAAUACUUUGAGCUUUUCUGAACUCCAACUUUUGAAGAAGAAAAAGGAUGAUGUCACCCAGUGCGACAGUGGACAGAAAUCCAGCUUUGCCACUAAAAUGGGAAAAAAAAUUUAAACCGAUCAAGGCUAAAGAACAGUUCUCUAUUAUGUGGGUUUGGUUUUUUUUCAGCUCAGCACCCAACUGUUUCUGUUACACAUUAACUCUGUGGACCGGGCGUUCCUCCUUGACUCAUCUGUGUCCCACAAUGUUUGUUUCUCUGUGCCAGACUGUUAACAAGCCCCUUGUCAGGAACUCUGUGCAUAUCUCAUGGCUUCAGCUCUGACUGGUCUGCCAAUUACAGUGUAUCGGCAGCUCUUGAAAGCACUUUCUCCCUCUUGGGCUAUGUGUCUGUGGUGGAGGGUGACUCAAGCCCUGGCACUGUACCAUUAUACGAGAUGCAGGCCUUCACCGAGACAGUAGGGGGACAAGGCUGUGUCCACCUGCACUUUAACAUUAACGUGAUGCUGUGUGCGUCAAACACUGCACCAGUUGCCUUUUACAAAACAUGACAUUAGUUUAAAGGGUUACUAUGAACUUUCCAUCUAUAGGAAUUAUUGGGAAGUUGGUGUUUGUGUGUGUGAACGUGUAUGUGUACAUAGAGAAAUCCUAUAUAUUUUUGUAAACCAGGAUGAUUUCUCCUAUUUUUAGAGCUGCUGGGGAAUUCUCUGCAUGGAAAGGGAAUGGAUAAUAGUGUUGAAACGGACUUUCAUCUUAAUCUUUUCAGGAGGGUCUCUGCUGUUGGAUCCUUAUAAUAAUAAAAUAAUAACCUGGUUAAUUUUUAAUAUGAAAUCUUUCAGUAUAAUAUCCAGCUGUGUAAAUUAGCUUCACUGUGCGCCACUCUGAAUAAUAUUGUGUGCUAAGCAAUGUAAUAAAGCUCCUAAGAGUAAAGUAUUCCUGUCCAAACCUGCUACAAAGUGGACAUGUCAUAACUGAUGAUUUCCUAUUGGCCCACACAGCCAAGAUCCUGUCUUGUUUAAGUACAGGCUGCUCCACCUGCGAUACUCAUCGUUCGGGUGUAGGUCCAGCUGCAAGGCACGGUUCCGUCCAGCUGUGGUCCACGAGCUGCGAUGCGCAUAUUGACAAACUGCUGGCAGGGCAGAUGUCAGCAACAGCAGCACAAUGUCCCACCUGCUAACAUCUGCUAUCCUUCCUGCAACUGUGUGGAUGCCUCCUCCUGCAUAUCAUGUGUUGUGAAGAUUCUUUUCUAUUUUUUAA